ACAUAGACACGAGUAAAUGAUAUAAGUAGGCCUAUAUAGGCUAAGUGAUAAUGGCAAGUAAACGAUAAGUAAAUGAUGAAAAAAGGAAUAAAACCAAUUUAGGUCUACUGUCUGAACUCAGCAAUAUUUGACCUUCUAUGAAAGUUUUUUUUUUUUUUUUUUACAGUUUGUUGAUUUCAAGGCAUGAUUUAAAAAGAAGGGCAGGCCUAUUGCGAUGUCGUUGGAUGACCCAUGCUAUCCCAUAAUGCACCGUUGUUUACUGCAUGACGUCAUUUGCGUUACUGUAUACUGGCUGCAGGUUAACUUCAACACUAGUUGGAACGCGACUCUCUUGUGGAUCGGCCUGCUGAUAGACGCUACUUUUUCAUUCAUCCCUGGACAUCUGACCACUACCAUGACAUUCCCUCAAAAGAUGGCACAGCUUUGGAACUUGGUGGAAUUCCAGGACCAGAGUGCAGCAGUUGUGCCACUCAGCUGGGUGGUAGAGGUGGACGGAGAAGUGGGAUGCUACUGGCCACCCUAUAGUGGCCAAAAAGCUGAGAAGGCUGCCAUGAACUCCAUCCCCCCGGGACAAGGAUGGCAAUUCCACCCAAAAAUCAGGGUGCUGACAACCUGUGCCACCUUUGCCAAAGCCAGGUCUUGCCUCAACCGAUCGCUGGAGGAAGGCUGCCUUACAGCAGACCUGCAGUCUGAUGGUGAGAUGGGGCCCAGGAAAAGACAUCCAAACAAAAGGUAUUUUGAGGAGGACAGCGAGGAGGAGGCACAACCAAGGCGUAAGGGGAGGAGGCCACCAUCUAUUGACGCCACUCAGCUGGACAGCGAGUGGCAAUUCCCCUCCCUUAAUGAAGACACCCAGUCAGCCAGUAGACACCCAGCCAGCCAGUUCCUUCACAGCCAGCCAUUAACUCAUGAUUCACUGCCGUCAGAAACCCUGCCAGGCCUUGUACUUAACAGCCAGCCACUAACCCAUGCUUCACCUCUGCCGUUGCGACAGGUGAACAAUCAGUUGCUGCGUGACAUGGCCAUCAACACAGUCAUUGCUCUCCUUGGCCAGCUGAGGGAGGGAAACUAUUUUUCAGAUUUACCGUUGUCAGAAACCCCGCCAGGCCCCCUACAUCACAGUCAGCCACUAACCCAUGAUUCACCCCAGCCACAUCACCGCUUCCAUGCCACACCUCUGCCAUCCCAACAGGGGAACAAUGAGUUGCUGCGUGACAUGGGCAUCAGCACCGUUAUCUCUCUCCUUGGCCAGCUGAGGGAGGAAAUCAGGGAGCUGAAGGGGGAAAACAGGGAGAUGAAGGGGAUGAUAGGAAGGCUGGAGCAAGAGGUCAGGGCCCAAAGGAGAGAGAUGGGGAGACAAGACACACCCCAGACAUCACCCCUUACCAAGCUCCCACUCUCCACCAUGGAGGAGUUUUUGGCAGCAGAGGCCCUGGUCAAGGAAGAUGCCAAACAAAAGCAGCUGAUGGUGUCUACCUUAGCCCUUUGUGGAGGAACUGAUGUAGGGGUCACGGUGAGGCGGAUGCUGCGUAGCCUCCUGGACAACAGCUUGGCCAGCCAGUUCAACUGGGCUGGAAAGGGGGAAAAAACUGCCUUUAAGGACACCAAAAUGCAUGAUGUCCUGUUUGGUAGGUUAUGCAUGUGCACAAAGCUGUAAAAGAGGGUAAAAUAGAAAGCUGUCGCAAGUACUUGCACACUACUUCUAAAUGUUCUUUAACAACUCCUUCACUAACUGUAACAUUACGAUUAUAAUGACAAUGACAAACAUAUUGUGAAAGAUGCAAAGGAUUAAGAAACUUACCAGGCGCCUUACUCAGAAAAAGCAGGUGUGCAGGCAAGUCCAGGGAGGCUGACUGAGUGACGAACAGUUUGGUAGUGGCAUUUCUAUUUCCGCUUUGUCAAUGGGGAAAUUACUACUAUUAUUAUUUUUAAAUCCCGUUUUAAUUGUCACAAGAUUCACACCUAUGGUUUCUGAUUUUUACAUAUAUUUUCUGUACUAGUGCCAUUACUUGCCACCUACCACUAGAGUGUGACAUAGUCUUCCCAACUCAAACAAUUAUCACCAUGCAAAUUCUCAAUGUUUUGUUCUUUUUCUUUCAGAUGCUCUACAAAAGCAGCUUGUUAGGACUAGGACUGUUUUGGCCUCUAGAGGCCGCUGUUAUUUCCUUUUCAUGUCGUGUUCAUUUUGGCCUCUAGAGGCCGCCACUGUUCCUGUGUUUUGUGUUUGUGUUAAUUGCCUAAUUAUCUUCACCUGUGUCCUUAAUUAGUUUGUCUAUUUAUACCCCUGAGUUCAGUCCUCU